UGCUUCCCUCCCGGUCCUCCGUGUUGUUUUGGUUAGCCGGAUGCUAGCCCAUGCUGUUUGUAGCCGGCUGGAGCGGUGAUGGCUGUCCCAUGAGGCGGGGAGCGGGGCUCGGUUUUCUGACUAAACGCUGAGUGAAGGACCGCGGAAAUGGCCGGGGUUUUUGACAUCGACCUGGAUCAACCGGAUGAGAAUGUCUCGGACGACGAACUGGAGGACGGGGGCCAGCUGAGUGAAUACAUGGACCAAUGCAGUGGCUUUGAAUUUAACAUGGAUGACUGUGAGAAGUUUGAGAUUUCGGAGAACAGUGUGAACAAGGGAACGGAGCAGAUCCGGCCUGAGUGCUUUGAGCUGCUCAAAGUUCUUGGAAAAGGUGGUUAUGGAAAGGUGUUUCAAGUUCGUAAGGUUUCAGGUUCCACCUCUGGGAAGAUAUUUGCCAUGAAAGUUUUAAAGAAGGCUAUGAUUGUGCGUAAUGCAAAGGACACAGCACACACCAAAGCUGAGCGGAACAUUUUGGAGGAGGUGAAGCAUCCUUUCAUCGUGGACCUCAUCUACGCCUUCCAGACGGGGGGAAAGUUGUACCUCAUCCUGGAGUAUCUGAGCGGUGGGGAACUGUUUAUGCAACUGGAACGAGAGGGCAUCUUCAUGGAGGACACGGCGUGUUUCUACUUGGCUGAAAUCUCAAUGGCGUUGGGGCACCUGCACCAGAAAGGCAUCAUCUACAGAGACCUGAAACCUGAAAACAUCAUGCUCAACAACAACGGACACGUGAAACUGACAGACUUUGGUCUAUGCAAAGAGUCCAUCCACGAUGGAACCGUGACCCACACCUUCUGUGGAACCAUCGAAUACAUGGCUCCAGAGAUCCUGAUGCGUAGCGGACACAACCGAGCGGUGGACUGGUGGAGUCUGGGAGCGCUCAUGUAUGACAUGCUGACAGGAGCACCUCCGUUCACUGGUGAAAACCGAAAGAAGACGAUUGAUAAAAUCUUGAAAUGCAAACUCAGCCUUCCACCUUACCUCACACAGGAAGCCAGAGACCUCCUGAAGAAGUUGCUGAAACGAAACGCCUCGCUGCGACUGGGAGCUGGUCCAGGAGACUCAGCUGAGGUCCAGGCUCACCCGUUCUUCAGACAUAUAAACUGGGACGACCUCCUCGCCCGUAAAGUCGAGCCUCCGUUUAAACCCUUUCUGCAAUCUGCAGAUGACGUCAGUCAGUUUGACUCCAAGUUCACCAGCCAGACGCCGGUGGACAGCCCCGACGACUCCACGCUCAGCGAGAGCGCCAAUCAAGUCUUCCUGGGUUUCACAUAUGUAGCCCCAUCUGUGCUGGAAAACGUCAAAGAGAAGUUCUCCUUUGAGCCAAAGGUCCGCUCACCACGGAAGUUCCCAGGAAGCCCCAGAACACCUGUGAGUCCGGUGAAGUUUGCGGGAGGCGACUGCUGGCCCCGGGGUCCCACGCUGACCGGGAGCUCCUCUCUGCUCUCUCCCGGUGUCUCCAUGGAAACACCCAUGGAGGUGUCAUCGGUGGAGCACAUGGACACUAGCGGCGUCGGCGGCAGCUCCGAGGCGUCGGCGCCUCUUCCCAUCCGCCAGCCGUCAGGCAUCAACGCCUACAAAAAGCAGGCGUACCCUUUGAACUCGAAGCGUCCGGAGCAUCUACGAAUGAACCUAUGACGCUCGGCGCACCUUCCAGCACUAGGACUCUUCCAAUUCCUCCUCUUCUUCCUUUUUUCUUUUUCCUUUCAGAGACUAGUAGAUUUUUUUUUUUUCUUAAAGAACUGACACUGUCAACGCUGAUCACCAGCUCUUCCAGCAGCGCCUUCUCCUCGUCUCUUCGCCUCUCGAUUGGUCUCGGCUCCGCCCGCCGCCUCCAGGACCGCGGACCAUGGUCAGUCAGGAAUGUAGGUGCCGUGGAAUGAAAGACGGCAGCGGGGGCGUGGUCUAUACCGCCUGCUUUUGGUGACCUCUACUGGCAUUAUCAUGUGAUUUAUUGGUGCUCUUUGUCCGUCAGUCUGGACGAUGUUACUUCUCAUGUUUACGACUAGUUGCUUCCAUCGUAAGGAGACAGAUGGUUGUGUUGAAAAUGGAUUUGGGUCAGGGGGCUGUUGGCUUCCUUCCCCCCAAGAUGCCACUUUUUAAUUACUCUUUUCACCUCGUGUUUGAAGGUUGUGCUGUUGGUUUGUACAGUUACUGGACAUCAGUCCCACAGUGAACACUAGGGCUGUUGGUGGUGGAUGCAGGGGAAAACCCUCCUGUUGCCUUUGUUACUGGAGUGCGUGGUGGGGAGUGAGUGGAGUGUGACUUACGGAAAAGCAGCUAUAAACAGAAGUGGAAUUUCAGCUGAGUGCAUCACUUGACCACAAUCGAUAGCGAGUGCAGGCACUGCUGUUAUUGGUGGGAGUCUGUGGGGUUUGUCCAUGGACACUGUGCAGUUUCUUUGUGCUGAAUGUAAACAGACUCUAAUGCCUUUUUGUGCGUCACUCCAACCUCUGUAGCGUUAUUCUUUAACCCAUCGUUUUCAACACACUGAGUCCACAUCAUCCAAAAUGUGCAAAGCCAGCGUAGAUACCGCUGCUGCUUUCUGGAUUCUGGAUGCUUUUUUACAUCUCUUCUACCUGCUUUGUGUUUCGCAUCGUGUGUUGUCGGUCACAGACUCUUAAUGUUGGAGGAACAGACUCAUGGAAAUGGACCGGGUUAAACCUAUGAAGAAAACAUGCAAGAACCAGAACACCUUCAUCCAGAUAUUUACCAGUUUAACAAGAACGUUCUAAUGCACUCAUCUUUAGUUUUACUCAUUACAUUGCAUUUUUAUGAACAUGAAGUAGGAAGUUUUAUUUCCUUGAAGAAUUGAAUUACACCAGAAAUCUGCACAAAUCCUAAACACAUUUGUAUUUGAUCCCAACAGGAUCUAAUGUUCUAUCAGCAAAUGUUCAAACUGUGUUCAAACU